CAAAGACGAAUAAAGCUAUACGUUUCCCACUUGACAAAUAAGAAAAAAAAAGAAAGGGCAAUCUCUUCAAGAAAGCAUCAAGAAACAAACAAACAAACAAAUAUAUAUAUAUAUAUAAAAUAAACGAUGGCUCUAGAAAAUAUGGGUAUCCAAGGCAUGUCGUUGAAUGAUUGUUCCACAAAAGAAGAUUACGAAGAACUCUUGAAGCAAUACGAUCGUUAUGAUGAUGGAAAUAACGACGAUGGUCGUCGGAGCAAGCGUGCCAGUCGCAACAUGAACCCAUUUACUGAACCUCCAGCCGAAGUUCCCAUGGUCGAUGAGCCUACUUUUGUCUUGGAUUGCCACAGCUUCCCACCAGCUUUCAAAACACAUCAUUUGCGUGACAUCUUUAGAGAUUACGAGAAUUUACGAGGAGGUUACAGAAUCAAGUGGAUCUCUGAUACCCGUGCACUAAUUAUAUUUGAGCACCCAGCAACAGCCAAAAAGGCCUAUAUUGAUAAUGUCACCAACCCAUUGGCCAAGAUCCGUCCCUAUGAUGGACCAACAGAUUUUUUGAGAACAUCUGGACCCCAAACCCCUACUCGGCCCACAUCUGUUGAUAUGUCUUCCAAGAGAGCUAGUAUGACCAGUAAGAGGUAGUUUUCUUUGUCCAAUGAAGAAGAAGGAGAGAUUGAAGGAUUAUGAUUCUGUGAGAAUACAUGUCUGGAAGGAAAUAUGGACGGAAAUGACCAUGGUCAAAAGUUGAUAAGAAAAUACAUAUAUAUACACAAGUAAUCCAACCCAACAUUCAUAUUCUUUUGACUUUAUAAUCAAUCCUAUCAAAAAAAUCAAAACCAAAGCCAAAAUCAAAAUCAAAAGCAAUAACUAUCCAAGAUACCAUC